AUGGUAUUUGAAAGUGCUGAACAAUUUAGAAAAGCUGUUGCAGACUAUUCUUGUGAAUAUAAAACUAGGUUAAAAUUGAAGCCUAAUGACAAAAAAAGAGUUAGAGUUAAAUGUGAGGACAAGAAAUGUAAAUGGUUGCUGUUUGCUAGUAUAGAUAAAGAUUCUGGUGAUUUUGUUGUCAAAAAUUAUUAUCUUGUGCAUGUAUGUCCUCAGUCAGCCAAGAACAAAUUGUGUACAUCUAAGUUUGUUGCAGAAAAGUUCAAGGAUGAAAUUUACCUGUCAACCAUAUAUAAGAUUAUGGGAAAUUCAGGAAUUGAUAGAGAGUCUCAGCCAGGAAAAACUUUGUUUGUUUACUUCUAUGUUUGCUUUGAUACAUUGAAGAGGGGUUGGUUGGAAGGAUGCAGAAAAAUUAUUGGUUUUGAUGGAUGUUUUCUUAAGGGUUCUUGCAAGGGAGAAUUGUUGGUUGCUGUUGGUAGAAAUGGAAAUCAACAGAUGUUUCCAAUCACAUGGGCUGCUGUUGACACAGAGACAAAACAUAGUUGGAGUUUUUUUCUCAAGUACUUGAUAAAAGAUCUGAACUUAGGCACAGGACAUGGACUGACUGUUAUGUCAGAUAUGCAGAAGGGCCUUGUACCAACUUUAUGUGCGUUGCUACCAGAUAGUGAGAAGAGAAGGUAUAUUAGACAUAUCUGGUCCAACUGGCAUCAAUUAUGGAGUGGUGAAGAAAGAAGGAAACAGUUCUGGAGAAGUGCUAAAUCAAGUUUUGAAGUGAAGUUUGAAGAUGAGAUGGAUAAACUCAACAAAUUAGGUAAUAAAAUUUGUGAGGACUUGUUGCAUUAUGAAAAAACUACUUGGUGCAAAGCAUAUUUUAAAGAGCAUUCUAAGUGUGACAUUGUUGAAAACAAUAUAUGUGAAACUUUUAAUUCUUGGAUACUAGUUGCUAGACAUAAGGCUAUCAUAACUAUGUUGGAGGAGAUUAGGCACAAGAUAAUGAACAGAAAUAUUGCAAUGAGGCAAUUUGCUGAAACUUGGAUCUCAAAUAUAUCUCCUAUGGCUAGACUAGUACUUGAAGAGAACAUAGAUCUUGCUAGAUUUUGUGAAGUUAGAUUCAAUGGUGAUAUUGGGUAUGAAAUCUUAGAUGGUCAGUACAAACAUAUUGUUUAUAUAAGGAAGAAGACAUGUACAUGUAGAACAUGA